AUGGGAGGUGGUGAUGAUUGUCCAUGGGGAAGUAGAACUGCUUCUGGAUCCCAUCCCCAGAAUGAUAUGCCAGACACUGGCGUCACACGAUACUAUGACUUCACUGUCGCCCGGGGAACAUACGCUCCCGAUGGGGUGCAACAAGCCAUGAUCGUUGUCAAUGGCCAGUAUCCAGGUCCCUUGAUUGAGGCAAACUGGGGUGACUGGAUCGAAGUUAAUGUUCACAAUCAAAUCUAUGGCCCUGAAGAACCCACCUCGAUACACUGGCAUGGCCUGAACCAGCCUGGAACUCCGUACUACGACGGAGUUGUCACCGUUGCCCAAUGCCCAAUCGUCCCCGGUGGAAAUUUGACCUACAGAUUCCGUGCAGACGAGUAUGGCACUUCCUGGUGGCACGCCCAUUACUCUGCCCAAUACUCUUCAGGAGUCGUUGGACCGAUCGUUGUUCACGGCCCUAACGACGCUAGCUACGACGUUGAUCUCUAUCCUAUCCUUGUUACGGAUUGGUUCCACGAUAGCUAUGAGGAUAUUGUCAGCUUGGUCAUGUCUCCCAGCGCCUCGGGCCAACCAUUCCGACCUUUCUCAGACUCCAACCUCGUUGCGGGUGUCGGCCAAUAUCCAUGUGCAAAUGUCACAAGCGGCGCUCCUUGCUCUGUUGUCCCAUACGCAUCAUGGGAAUUCGAGCCCGGCAAGACCUACCGUAUGCGGUUCGUCAAUACAGGCGCCUCAGCAUUCGAGACCAUUUCGAUCGAUGGGCACCAGUUGACGGUCAUUGCCAAUGACUUCGUCCCUGUUCAGCCUUAUCAGACCGAAUUCGUCACCAUCGGUGUUGGUCAACGAGUCGACGUCCUUGUCACUGCCAAUCAGGCUCCAGGUAGCUACUGGCUCCGUGCAUUUAACAGCCCCUGUGGCGACACGAACGGACCAUAUGGUCAGGGAAUCAUCUACUACGCAGGGUCGGAUCCGAGCACGCCUCCGACCAGCACUGGCGCUCAACCACCCAUCAACUCGAAUUGCCAGAAUGACCCAUUGGCGACUACGGUUCCCCAGUACGUAAUGCCCGCGGCCGAACCGGACACCACUAUCACCAUCACCAUUGCCGGCGCUCCCGAUGCCUCAGGGGUAUUCCACUGGACGAUGAACGGCGUCAGCUACGAUGGAGACCUCUCCAACAGCUUGCUCUUGGAAGCGAUUUCCGGUCAGACCGAAUUUGCACCACAGUACAACGUGUACAACACAGGCACCAACGGAACAGUUCGAAUCAUCAUCAUCAACACUACCCCUGCCCCCCAUCCCAUGCAUAUCCACGGCCACGACUUCCAGGUCCUCGCCGAGGGUUUCGGCACCUGGGAUGGCACAGUCACCAAUCCGACAAACCCGCAACGUCGUGACGUCCACAUGCUCUGGGCCCAAGCAACGCCAGACAAUCCGUCAUACAUUGUGGUCCAAUACACACAGGACAAUGCGGGCGUGUGGCCCGUGCACUGCCACAUCGCCUGGCAUCUUUCGGCGGGCAUGGUAAUCAUGCUCCUGGAACAUCCCGAACGGCUCACUUCGAUCCAAGUGCCCGAGAGCGUGACCCAGACCUGCCCGGCGUAUACGACGUGGUACGCGGCCAACCCGGGCGUUAUGGUGGACGACUCGCUGCGCAAGCGCACGCUGGGCGAGAAAAUGGUCGAGUACAUGAAGGGAGGCGACAAGGAACACGUCCAGCACCCGGACAAGCACCGCAACAAGAGAGGCGUCAGGGGAUACAGGGGCUACGGCCACAACGCCACGGCCGAGGAUUUCCCCGCGCACGGCAAAUUCAAGGGCAAUGCCACCGCGCACGGUCACGGUGCCGCACACGGCACUGAAGAGGCCGGUCACUCGACCAUGCAUUCGAAGCACAGCAGUAGCACCAGCAGCCACGGCGGCAAGGUAUCGCCCACCCCGUCCUGGUCCACCAGGCCGCAAACGGGCACGGUGGGCAAGAACCUGGCCCAUGAGUCCAAGAGCACUGGCAGGCCCGGAAGGAAGAGAGACGAGGUAUAA